AUGGGUGUAGUGAUAAUCGAUGGUUCCACCGUGCGUGACUUCGUUGAAGACGAAGAACAUUUUAACAAAAGUGUUGACGAGCGUUUCGCAGCUCUAGAUCUCAACAAAGAUGGCGUUUUAUCUCGUUCAGAGCUACGAGUAGCAUGUGAAUCCAUGAAUGUUCUUGAAACUCAUUUUGGAGUUGGUCCUCAAUCUAGUCAGGAAGAAAUUACGAAACUAUACGAUACAAUAUUUGAUAAUUUUGAUUGUGAUAAGAAUGGGUUGAUCGAAAUCGAAGAGUUUAGGAGCGAGAUGAAGAAGAUAUUGUUAGCUAUUGCCGAUGGACUUGGUUCAUCCCCAAUACAAAUGGCGCUUGAAGACGGUGAGGAAAAUUUGUUAAAACAGGCUGCGGAUUUUGAGUUGACCAAACUUCAUGAAGCUUCAUCAUAAAUAGUUGUGUGAUAUU